AUGUCGUCCAGCCAGAAUACAAGACCAACCAGAGCCACGGCGCGUCAAGCGGCACAGAGAAUCCGUCGAUCAUUCGAGUCCCCUUACGUUGGGCCUGUUCAAGAGACUGCGUCACCCCAAUCCAACAAUACCGUAUCUGAGCCAUUUGAUAGUGAUGACGAAAUUCUGACCAGACGUUCAUAUUUGAUCCCCGAUAACGGUGCCAAUCUCCAGUCAGCCGUUUUGCGAACACCUCGAGCACUCGCCCCUUGUUCUGAAAUUUCGGCCGCUUCUUUACCUACACCAGCCAGUCAUAUCCUAGGAAAGAGGAAGCGCGCAAUCGUUGGGCACGAUGAUCAGGACGACGAAGCCGAUAAGGGGGGCGGAGACUUGUUGCUGAGCCGAACUCCAGCCCAGUCACAUGGACACGCUGUCACUGCUCUUCCGGCUCCAACCAGUGUGCAGAAAGGUCCGCGUGAGCGGAGAUGGGAGUCCCUCUUGCCAACUCUCGACCGCCAAACUCGAUACUCGGCUCCAAAGUCACUGUCCCUCGAAGAUCCUUUCGAUUUCGUUUAUAGCCUGCCUCCGAUCCUUGGCCAGGACUAUAGCCCUGAGGUUGUCAAGCAUCACUCGAGAAAGUUUUCGGACAUGGUAUCUUGGGAGCUCCGGGCUUUGAAAAUCGGCGAGUCGAAUUCCAAAAUGUUUCUGCGCAUCAGCACCAAAGACUUCACGGAACGUGAAGCCUUGUCGUUGUGUGGCAAGCUCAUCGACGCCAAAAAGGUCUGGCGCAACCCAGCAGAACUGGAGGCUCCUCGAGUCGGUAAACCUUCGGCUCUGAUUACUUCCCUGGCAAAAGCUGCGCAGUAUAGUCUUUUCCCUGACAAGCUUUUUCGGAUUCUCAACCCAGCUUUGGCUCACACUGCAGGCGCCUGGUCCUGGAUUGUUGCGUUGCCGUACGUUGAUGCAGAUACGUACGCGCUCAAAACGUUCAAGUGGAGAAUCGCAGUCAAGAAGCUCGACUCAUCUACAAAAUUGGUCCCAACCGCGAACGACGUCAUCUUCACUUUCAAUAAUGACACCGCCAUGUACACUAGCGUGGACGACAUUGUACGCUCGCCAGAGCCUACCAUAGAGAACGCGGACCCGGCAUUGGCAGCCUCAGCAUCCAGAACCUACCAGUUCGCAUGCCACGCCGUGUCAACUUGGCUCCGAAACCGAUCACUGCUCCAGAACACCGUCGACACACAGCAGUUCAAGACGGAUAUGUUUGAACAGUUUGCCCCUUCCAACUGUUCCGGACGCGCCAGGAGGCUCAUCCUCGGAGACACUGUCCCGUGCCAACUGUUCCGCCUGCGACCGUGCAUCUUUGACGUCAGAAUCAUACCUGGCGAUCGGUUGUUGGAAGACAUGCCGGGGCUCCCAUCCUUCAGAGUUUGUUCAAGGGACAUGGGUUGGACGGAGCCUAUUGGAGAUGCCGCAAUAACCACCUGGUUGACCUCGAACAGCAUUCUUGAAGUGUGGGGGGCUAUGGCAAGAGGCGUCGAUGCCGCCAACACUCAAAUAACCCUUGGCCAGGAACCUCCAAACGCUUGUCACUGCUCCGAUGAGGCAAAGUCGAUGACGGCACAUGCAUGCGGUCAUUGUGGAAAAGAAACCAUGUGCGAGCUGCUCGCAGAUCAUCCAAAUGGCUACCGGGCCUGUCCGGCAUGUUGCAGCAAAGCGCUUCAAUCUGCUCCGAUCUCCGGCCGCGAAGUGCGCUCACGACUUCGUGACUUAGUCACAGAGAGAAGACGGCGCAAACUAUCUGGUUCUGCCAUUUCGGGCCUGACAGAUACGCUUGUGAAGGAGGUCGAACAUCGUUACAUCGGUCAAAAAGGCACUUCGUAUAUCAACGGGUACUCCGGAUCAAUGGUGCGGCCACCCGCCAUCAGGGGGCACCCAUUGGCCCUGAGCAUCGAAGCCAUUUUUCCUAUUGCCCUAGACGAGGCUGGCGUCACUGGUUUGCAUGUCCCGGGAAACAUCGACAUUGUACCCUUUUGCCUCAAUACAUGCAAACACACCAGUCUGCCUAUAUUUCUUCAGGAACUUGGGAAAUAUUACCGGCAAUGGGUUGCCACAGAAUGCUCGUACCAGUCCGGCGUGUCAGUUGCACGAGAAAAGAUUGCCUUUCUGCAAAGCAAACUCGUUCGGGACUGUCGUCGCUUCACCGACAUUACUCUCAAGGUUCCAUGGUCCAAAACCGCAAGACUCAACCUUGAUAUCAGCCCUGCCCAAAUGCAAUAUCUACGGGAUGAGUGGAUCGCAGGCAAGCCUCACCCCGGAGACGUCACUGUCUUCAAACGCCCGUACUACGGCAUCUGGGCCUACCAGUCUGAUUGGUUGAGUUAUGUGGAAAAGACUAAGAUCAUUGUCACGGAGAUUGAAGAAUGGACCGGAGUCGAACUAAUCAGAUCUGACGAUGGCUGCGCUUAUUUUGCACAUCCUGAGACCCUUCCAGACGAUUGGAGCUGGAAAAAUUGCGGGCGACUGAUGAACAACCGAUUUGACCGAAUGCGAAUCCAGUGCAACAAACGGCAUGAAACUGUGGACAGUCCGACAACCAUCUAUCUAGAAUGUGUGUACCAGGCAUGCGUCAACGUCAUGGUCGUCAAAGAUUCGGACCCAGAGCGGGAGGCCAAGCUUCAGGUCCAAGCCCGAUAUGCUGAAUUUUUCGGUCUCCCGCUGGCGAUCGAAAAUCAUAAUCCGCUAACCUUCGCGGACAGACUCGAUGACCAGAACAACAUCUUAAUCGAAACAAGAACGAGCAACUACGCCAAGUUGCAUUUCCCGGAGCGACUGUAUUCACAUAUAAGAAGACUUGUUGAGGAGAUUGACAUCCCUCUGAAAUAUGCAAAUGAAAAUCUUGAGCUAGGUCCUUUUGAUUUCCGGCUCAAUCGUGGUGAGGAGGUGGAUUACGGAGAGGAGGACGACGAUGAGGAUUACGAGGAUCACGAUGUUGAAGAGGACGAGGACUGGUCCGAAGAAGACUGA